AUGGAUCAGCCCUCUGCUGAGGUUUACUCGACUUCGGAGAAAGGAGGUGCUGAAGAAUUUGUCCUGCCCAUGAAUCCUUCCACUUCGUUAUCCAUGGACGAUACCGAUGAAAACCGCAUGCCUUCACCUGUCACCACUCCUGACUGGUUGCGCCCAGUUUAUGAGCCUCCAAAACACAUUGAAUUGGAGACACUUCCGGAAAAUAGAUCGUUAAAGGCGCGCAAAAAACCGUUACGGGAGCGUGAUAAUCUGAAACUGAUACGCCGACAGAUAUUUACCGGUCAAACUCUGGAUGAAGCUUGUCUCCCGACUGGUCCAGGUAUGCCGGAACUGGACCCGAAACUGGUACUAGCCGUUACGCGAAUGCGCGUGCUUUCGAGGCAUAAGCGGGCCCGGAAACUCGGUUUUAAAGGAUUUCAAAUUUCCUAUCGCACGGAACGCCGUGUGGAAAAACUAAUGCAACUGGAUUCCGAUCUUGUCCCCAGUAGUCCGGAGAAAUGA